ACGGAGACUGUAUGGCUCCCUGACUCUCGUCCCUUUGUCUGAAAAUCCUCGACCUCGACCUCUCCCUAUUCACUCCCUCAUCAUCACCAUAAUCAUCAUCACCAUCGUCCAUCCGAACUGCUCUACAACCUCUUUCAACGAACUAAACUUUCCUCUUCUUCCUCAAACUUCACGUUGUGCCGUGCUUCUUCAUUUGUCUCUCCGUCUCCUCUGUUUCGCGGCUCUCUGCGGCUGCGCUUUCGACUGGCCUGCGUCUACGUCUGCGUCUGCGUCCGUCUGCGGGAGCCCAUCCCGCACGUUCCUUCGCUCGGUGUAUCGCUUUUCGAACUCUCUCUGUGCAUCGCCUGCUGGCGGACGGUCGUCUAGCACCGUUGCUGAUCCUGUUGAUCGUCGAGCACCGUUGCUGAUCGUCGUUCUGAUAAUCUCGUCGGUCCUGAUGGAUCUGAACAAACUCUUGACGCAAUACAAGACUCUGAUCGGAACGUUGUUCGCAGAGGGCAUCUUGGAUGACCAGUUCACACAACUGCAGCAGUUACAAGAUCCAGACAAUCCAGAUUUUGUGAGUGAGGUGGUUGGGAUUUUCUUCGAUGAUUCGGAGAGAAUUUUAACUCAGCUUACACAGAUGCUCAUGACUAACCCUGUCAACUUCAAAGCUGUGGACGGGCUGGUGCAUCAGUUCAAAGGUAGCAGUGCAAGCGGUCCCGUAGUGGACAAGCGGGCGGCCACUCUGCCGUCCAAGUACGAUGGGAAAGGGGACAUCACCUCUUGGAUUAGCUCCAUGCGCUCAUACUUCGAGGUGAUGCGGACAUCGCCGGAAGAUCGAAGCAUGAUCAUGGGCACUAAUACCAAGCCCGCCGUACGGAAUUUCAUUGAACUCCAAGCUGUCACAACAGGUUUUGAGAUAAUUGACCUGACUGAGUGGUUGAAAGUGACUUCUGUACGCACUCUUGAGGACCUUCUCAUCGCACGGUACCAAAGCAAGCACGCUGUGCUCAAGGCAAGGCUGAAGCUUGAGGCCCUCAAGGGCCAAACAUGGAGGACCUCCGUGCAGGCUUUGGAACAGCACUUGACUGGUCUGUUCACCACUCCAGACCUGGGAAUGACCGACGUGUCUUGCAUGGAUGUAGUCAUGGGAGUGGCCCCUAAAGAAUACCUCUCCCUGCUACUUGGCGAGAGCUCAUGACGGAUCUAGUCAACCUAGACAUCGGGAGGCUGAAGAUCAGUCCUACGCGGAUGAUCUGUCUCUAGAUGACGAUCUAGAGCCGGACUCCG